AUAAGUCUGAUCCCGUAAAUGCUUUAGUCUGAUACCAUCGACGACCAAUAAGAACGCUGUACGUUGUUUCUGUUUCCGCGCGCGGCCCGCGACCGACCAAAGCGUGCGCAAGCGCUCGCAAGAGCGCUUUGCGCGCGGGCUUGCCCGCGCGCAAAGCGCUCUUUGCGAGAUGCUCAUCCAUCGCAAACGCAGCGCGAAGGCUUUGCCGUUACCAUAUGGGAGGAACUCGGGGGUAUGCAAUCACUGGAAAAAUCGGGCGUUACCAAGUGUGUUUUGCCUUCAGAAAGCGGAUCUGGCAGAAUUGGUGGGAAUUUUCCGGAAAGCAGCCAAAACAGCAAUUACCAAGCGGGGAGAGCGUAAAAAAGAGCAGUUUUGCAGCUCCGCCCAGUCUGAAUCUGAAAAAAGAUAGUGGUAUUUUAGGCUAGGGCCGAUGGUGUGAUGUGUUUUAUAGCGAAAAACGCGUCACGUGCAGGCAGCUCCAGCCGCUUGGAAAUUGAAAAAAAGCGUUGAAAAAAUGCAAAUUUUCGCAGCAUGCAAGCGGGCGAGAAAAUUUACCGAUUUUCUGCAGUCCCCGGAAGCCGCUUGGAAAUUGAAAAUGGCAAUUUUUCCUGAAAAAGCAAAAGACGCUUGAAAAUUGCCGCUCAAAAGUGGUUUUCAAAUUUGUCCGGAGGCCCGUGGCACCGGGAUUGGACGAGAAAAAAACAAUUAUCAAGCCUGUGGAGGUGUGUCCACCCCUCACGGUUUCCGACCUGUAUGAGGUCCAAAAUUGUGAGCCUCCUCCCGCUUGGAAAUGCUCGAUCUGGGUGGCCCAAAAGGGCUGCCGGAAAUGGCGCGAAUUGAUUAACUUUUUAAAAUUUGCGCAUUUUUCCUGGCCAGCGUGCCCUCGUGCAUAAUGUUACUCGCGAUGGUGUUCUGCUCGCCAAAAACCGCAUUCUCUUGCGCGCCCUUGCUUCCUGGUUAGAGGAUGAGAGCGCGGCCCGAAGCGGGCUGUAGUGUUGGACCGCGGCCCUUGGGCCGCGGUCCAAGAGUGGUGCCCGCGAGGGCCGCGCUCUCAUCCUCUAACCAGGAAGUCAAGGGAUGCGCGGUAGCCUUCGCGCUGAUUGGGGCGCUUCGCACGCUUUUGGUUACCAAUAUCGCCCUCCGGGCGCGACCUUAAUAAGAACGCUGUACGUUGUUUCUGUUUCCGCGCGCGGCCCGCGACCGACAUACUCUGCCCAAAAAUACCUUGCGACAGCUGCGCCCAAAGAGCACUUCGCUUAAUCCAUGUAUGGCAUUGUUUCGUGUUGAAACUUUAAUCAUAAGUUGUAUUGAAAAACUGAUGCGGCUGCAUCGAAGCAGCGGCCGCGCCCCGUCAAACGCCCAUCUUUUGCUGCAGUAACGCCCCUCUGCGAUGCGCCCGCGCCCCGUCGUGCGUUUUCGUUGUUGCGUUUCAGGGAGGUGAUUCUGUAGACUUACAAUCUCGUGCAGUAAACAAUAUUCAAACCCUAAUUCGUGCACAUGUUCAGCAAUAAAAAAAGUUUCUCGUCAGUCGUCAAAAAUCCGCUGAACAAAUUUCGUACACAUGUGAACUCGUACCUGCAACGUUUUCAUCGUACAAGAAAAGUCGUUCUUCAGUCGCGCAUUGCCCUGUGCUUGUCGCAGUUGAUGCGUUCGGUUCUGCGUUCGUCCUACUCCUACUUUUUCUGCCUAAGUACUUUCGUCCUACCUAGGUACGUUCGUCCUCGUCGGUGUCUCACACUGAAACCCUUCUUCCAAACCCUAACCCAAAAGACAGGGACUUCGACGCCGCGCACGGUUUUUGUGCGGCCUAAUAUACAAAUCAUUUGA